GAGUGGUGCGCCCGGUCACACGCCGCGUCCGCUCCGCACCGAGUACUUCGUCCGAGCCGAGUAGCCGGCGCCGCGCGCGAGUGUCCUAGUGUUCGAGCGGCGAGCUGCCGCCUGCCAUGCGCCGGCCCUGAGCCCUAGCGCCGCCAGCGGACACCAUGCCGCGCGUCAAGCCCUCCUGCGUCCGCCGCGUCUCCAUCGGUGAAAGUUCGGGAUCGUGUUCCGAGGAGGAUAUUAACCAUGUGUCUGACGAUACGAGAGACCGGCCUGAAGCACACAUGUGUCCGCGCUGUCAGGAACAGUUCGAGAACCUUCACGAGUUCCUGUACCACAAGCGACUCUGCGAUGAGAAAGCGUUGCAAAUGGGCGAGGAGAGAAUGCACUCCGAUCCGGAGGAAAUGGUCGUUUCAGGCGAUGAAGAGAUGGAUGGACCCAACAAACGAUUAGAGCAGGUCCGACGGCAUCGACAAGAUGCGGAAAAUAAUAACAGCCUCGAGGAUGGCGAGGCAGAAGUGCCUGAAGCCGACGUGCCGCCAGUUGGCUUGCCCUUCCCGGUGGCCGGCCACGUCACGCUCGAAGCUUUACAAAAUACUAAAGUUGCCGUAGCACAAUUUGCCGCGACUACAAUGGCGAACAACGCAGAUAACGAAGCGGCGUUACAUGAACUGGCCGUGCUACAAAGCACGUUAUUUACGCUGCAGCACCAACAAGUUUUUCAGCUACAAUUAAUACGCCAAUUACAAAAUCAAUUGUCAUUAACGCGACGGAAAGAUGACCAGCUCCCGAGCCCGCCGCCGAGUGAACCAGAGCCGGUGCCGGUGCCUCCCGCUCGAUCGCCGUCGCCGCCUCGUCCGCCACGGGAGCCUACUCCUGUCGCACCCCCUCCUCCUACUAGUCAAAGCUUACCGUCAACUCAUUCGCAUCUCACACCUAAGACGGAACCCUUAUCCGUUCCUAAACUCCCAACCUCGUCUCCACCGAUGAUGUCCCAUCCACCGUACAGCUCCAUUUCCUCAUCUUUAGCUUCUUCAAUAAUCACAAACAACGACCCGCCACCUUCUCUCAACGAACCAAAUACGCUUGAAAUGCUACAAAAGAGAGCACAAGAAGUGCUUGACAAUGCGUCACAAGGCCUAUUAGCCAACAAUCUUGCCGAUGAACUCGCUUUCCGUAAAUCCGGAAAAAUGUCACCAUAUGAUGGAAAAUCUGGUGGAAGAAACGAACCAUUUUUCAAGCAUCGCUGCCGUUACUGCGGAAAAGUGUUUGGAAGCGAUUCUGCACUGCAAAUCCACAUUCGAUCGCACACAGGUGAAAGACCUUUUAAGUGUAAUGUAUGUGGAUCACGAUUUACAACCAAAGGGAAUCUCAAAGUACAUUUCCAAAGACACACAGCAAAGUUUCCGCAUGUCAAGAUGAAUCCCAAUCCAGUACCAGAGCAUUUGGAUAAAUACCACCCCCCGCUGUUAGCGCAGUUGUCGCCGGGACCAAUUCCUGGAAUGCCACCACAUCCACUUCAAUUCCCUCCGGGUGCGCCAGCUCCUUUUCCGCCAAGCUUGCCGUUGUACAGACCCCCACAUCAUGACUUAUUACCACCUCGUCCGCUCGGAGACAAACCCCUACCGCCUCAUCCAUUAUUUGCAAUGCGAGAGGAACAAGACGCUCCGGCUGAUCUCAGUAAACCAUCUGCGCCGAGCCCUUCUCGAUCAGCACCCGAGGUUAAGUCUGAACCCCAAGAUGAUGAGUGUCAACGAGAUUCCAGUUUUGAAGACACUGACCGAGUAUCUCCUAAGCGAGAACCUGACGAAAAUGAUGCCACGCAGGAUCAAGAGCAAGACAGAUAUCCUUCGACCUCGCCCUACGACGACUGCAGCAUGGACUCAAAAUAUAGCAAUGAAGAACAAAUCGGCAGAGAGAGUCCUCAUGUGAAGCCCGAUCCAGAUCAACCGGAAAAUCUCUCAAGUAAGAAUUCACCGAUAACCGGGCCAAUUUCAAUAGCAACGGGACUGCGUACUUUUCCUUCGUUUCCCCUGUUCCCUCAGUCUCCACCCAGCAGUAUGUCCUCUGGUAGUUUAACUCCCUUCCCGAACACUGUUCAGAAUGUCGUUGAUGUAGAUCUGGCACGUGAUCCAAUGUUUUAUAAUUCUCUUCUGCCUCGCCCUGGCAGCAAUGAUAACUCAUGGGAAAGUUUAAUAGAAAUUACCAAAACAUCUGAAACAUCAAAGCUUCAACAGUUAGUCGAUAAUAUUGACAAUAAAGUUUCCGAUCCCAACGAAUGUAUUGUAUGCCACCGAGUUCUCUCUUGUAAGAGUGCGUUACAAAUGCACUAUCGUACGCACACCGGCGAGAGACCUUUCCGAUGUAAAUUGUGUGGCCGCUCUUUUACGACUAAGGGUAAUUUAAAAACUCAUAUGGGUGUUCAUCGCAUAAAACCGCCAGCUCAAAUGUUACAUCAAUGUCCAGUUUGCCAUAAGAAAUUUUCGGAUCCUUCCAUAUUACACCAACACAUACGACUUCAUACGGGCGAGCGUGCCCAAAUUCCUUACGACCAUAUCAGAAAUAUCGAUAUAGAGCGUUUUCCAUCACUGAGUAACGGGUCAGACGUCAGCGACUAUCAAGCUCAGCGCCCCUUCCCGCGCCCGAUGUUCCCCACUCCGACCACUCCCGGCGACCGACGGGCGGACUCCCGCGGGACCGACGAUGAGAGCGGCCGGGACGAGCGCGAGCCCGCUAUUCGGGAGUUCGACGACGACUUAGAUAUGAAGGAUCGUCGAACUUCGCCGCUCUCCGUCUGCGCCUCGGCGUCCGAAAGCGAAAUAAAAACCAUCACCACAACGGCUUCCCUCCCAUCGGCGACAGGUUCGGAGAGCGGGCGGAGCGCGCGAGCCUCGCCACCGUCGCCCACCAUGUCGACGCUGUCGACGCCGCCGCGGCUGCCGCUGCACUCGCCGCUGCCGUCGCCGCCCACGCCUAUCGCCGCGCUGGGCGCGCUCGGAGGAUCGCCCUUCAGCCCGCUCGGACUCGCGUUCCCUCCCGCAGUGCGCGGCAACACGACCUGUAACCUCUGCUACAAGACGUUCGCCUGCAACUCCGCUCUGGAGAUACAUUACCGGAGCCACACCAAGGAGCGACCAUUUAAGUGCACCGUCUGCGAUCGCGGAUUCUCCACCAAGAGCAGUGGCGGCGGUUGCCGGUGCGGUAGGCGCGCGCGCGCACCCCGCCCCCCGCACGCCACUGCUUUGGACCUGUGGAACGCCUUCGUUUACCCGGGCAACAUGAAGCAACACAUGCUGACGCACAAGAUCCGCGACGUGCCACCCGGGUUCGACAAGAGCUCGAGUGGAGCCGACGACACCCGGGAGGCCAGCCCCGACCGGCGCUCCUCGCCCGACAAGCUCGACCUCAAGCGCUCGCCGCCCGCGCACCCGCCGCCGCAGAUGACGCAUCCCCCACCUAUCGAUAUGCCGCCACUGCCCAAACGGCCCAGCGUACCCAGCGGGCCAACACACCCCCCACCGCCGGCAUCAUCCAAGCACCUUUGCGGAGUGUGCCGCAAGAACUUCUCCUCGUCGUCCGCGUUACAGAUCCACAUGCGUACUCACACCGGGGACAAACCUUUCCGAUGCGCCGUGUGCCAGAAGGCCUUCACUACGAAGGGUAACCUUAAGGUGCAUAUGGGAACGCACAUGUGGAGUGGCGGUGCGUCACGGCGCGGACGGCGCAUGUCGCUUGAGCUGCCCCCGCGGCCGCUACAUGAGCCGCACGAUCUACUGCGCCGCCCCGACCUCUUCUACCCAUACCUGCCCGCGCCCUUCCUUAACGGCAUGCAGCAAAAGCUGAAUGAAAUAUCAGUGAUACAGCAGAGCGCGGGCCAAAACGGUGUAGCAGGAAAAUUCCCCGGACUUCUCGGUUUCGGAGCAUUUGGAGGUGCGCGACCAGGUGCUGCGUCGCCACUGGAACGACCGCCAUCACUGGAGGGCGGUGACGAGAGGCAAGCCGCGAUGCGCGAGCUGGCCGAGCGCGGUCGGGAGCUGGCGGAGCGGAGCCGGCAGAUGCGCGAGGACAGCGAGUACCGGUCGCCGCCGGCGCACGGAGCGCACGCGCCGCCGGCGGCGCAGGCGUCGCCACCCGCCCCGCAUCACCAGCACGGGCUGGCGCCGCUGCCGCCGCCCGCGCGCACCGAGGGCCUGACGGUCUAGGCGGGCCGCAGCUGCCCCUCGUACAUUCCAGAGGCCCGGCGGCCGCGGCCACGUCGUGUCUAUAUUGUACAAAGAGUUAGAGUCUAGUGAGAGUGCGGACCGGCCGUUCGCGGCGAGGCGAGCUGUUGUAGCGUAAUUAUGUCCGAAGUUUAGCGCUAUGUACCGUUGUUAUUCCACGUGUUAUUACGCCUAGUAUUACUGUAAGUAACUUAUUUUGCACGAGUACGGGCCUGGGGCAAUCGGGGGCUCGUCACGAGCUCCACGUUUAUGUCAUUACUCUGUGAUAGUGCACAUUGGGAGCUGUGUGCGACGUACCGACAGCGUUCAGAGGAAACGAUGUCGUCGCAAUCACGCAGUCGAAUGUGCUAUGACAUCAAAAAUUAAAUAUAAAUUAUCCCAAAAAUUAAAUAAUUUUCAUAAAACUAUAUCUUUUUAAAUUAAAUGUACAUAAUUUGUAAAAUAAAUAGUAUUGUAAUGAACAAGUAGAUAUAAACUUGAAUUUAAUAAAAUAUUACAUAUAUAUUAUUAUAUUGUACGACUACACUGGAGUGCAAUAUGCAUGAUUUUGUCUUUUGCCACAUUCCAAAUGAUUGAUGUUACUGUAAAAACAGGUUUGUAACAACUAAUAGUUUCCUGAUAACAAUAGCAUUAUUUUAUCCAUCAGUGGAUUUUUAAAUGUAAAAUAAUAAUUAUUCUGUACCUACGAUUUAUAGAUAUUGCACAUUGUAUAAAAUACCGAAAAUUUACCUAGUUCUCGGAAAUUCUAUUACCUAUCUAUUGUCUUUAGGUAUUCAAUAUUGUAUUACAAUACAUUUAAUUGUAACAGAGGUUAAUGACAUAUUCAUAUCAUGUAAAUUAAAAGUAUUUGCAUUUGAGGUCUAUAGUUAUAAGUAUUUAGAGUCAUAGCUAUUAUAUUGCUUUAGAAUACUUCAACAUAUCUUUGUAAAAAUGUGAGCGACUGGUGUUUGACGAGACGUUGACUAAGUACUUAACGGUUAUAUACUAUGUAGUAUCACCGGCACUGUACGCAGACUGACCACGACUAUGUACACACAUUUAUAUUACAUUUCUUUCCAAAUAUGCAUUUUCUCAAUGCUUGUUAGUAGACGCCGUAGUCCAGUUGCUGAUAAAUUUAAUUAUUUUUAAACAAAUAUGUAUUAUGUAUUUUAUACUUUCGACACUAGUUAUCUGUGUAUAAAAUGUCCUACUAAAUUAUUUAUAAAUUAUAAAUCAUGCAUACACUCUUAGUAUUAAAAGAACGCUUGCGGGGCGAUAGGCCCCGCGCGCCAGUUUAGUUGUCUAGAAUAAAUUCUCAUAGCACCUACGAGCUAAUUAUUAUAUCAAGUUGCAAAUAGAUCUUAGAGAGUAGUAUUAGUCAUGAAUAUGAUGUGUCAUGUCAUGUCAGUAUAAAUAAUCAUUGUAAAUUAUUAAAUGUUUAUGUAAAUGUCCAAAAAGUAUUCAAAUUAUUUAAAAAAGCAAUUAUUAUACUAAUAAUUAUUUU